UGUAUGCGUUCCAUACUAAUACAAAUGGUUUUAAAAUAUAUAAUAUGGAUAUAUAAUUAAAAUCGGUGGGAAAUAAAUUAAUAAAAAAAAUAAACCAAUUGUUGUUUUUGUUUCUUUGCACUUGACAUGUUAACGUAGCAAUGAAGCUAGCUUACACGUGUUUAUGUUCCACGAUUUACACACUGUUGCUGCAAUAUUGCUUUGUACUUCUGCAUUUUCAAGUACAUGGGCUACCUUCAACUUCUAAAAACUAUGAGGGGUCUUCCUUUACAACUAUUGAUAACGAAACAAUCGAUGCAUCUGAAAUGGAAGACAAUCCGAUUGUAUCAAAAAUUAAUAAUAAAGUCGAAAAACUUGGAUACAAUAACGAAGAAACUGGAAAUAAUGUGGUAGAAAUUACUUCACUCAACAGCAAAGAUAUAAAAGUUGAUGAUGUCAAGUCAUCAAAUGAAAACAGUGAACAACCAGAUGAUAAUGCUUUGGAAAUUACUUUAGAGGCAGAUUCAGGAAACAACGAAAAGCUAAACCUAAAAAAUAUGCAGAUAGAAACAGCAUCAAACGAAAAUGUUAACGAUAAAAAAAAAGUUGAAGAAAAUGCAAAAAAAAAACAUGGAUUCAUUGGCGAUUUUGGUGUUGAUACAAUGGCGCACCCACCGUAUAUAUCUACAGAAGAUUUCCAAGAUAACUUUCACGAUGAGCAAACCUUGUCUCUUCCUAAUUUACCACUAAUGUUAGACUCAGAACCUAUUGUAUUUCCUCCAGAAGUUAAAAUCGAACCUCAUAUAGUUGAUCACAUACACCCUGUAAUUGUUCACCAUAUGCACCCUGUUAUACCAGUUGUAUCAUGCUGCUCUGCACAAGAAGCCCCAUCAAUCAAUGUUAGUCCUCCCGCUCCCGCUUUACCGCCGCCUCCUCCUCCACCCCCUCCACCACCGCCACCUCCAUGCACAGUCCACAUUCCUGUUACAAUACAUUUAAAAGGAAAAUUGGCUGUAACUUUAAAACACUGUCAAAAAUGCGACUUUUCAAAAAAUAUUGAAUCUAUCGGACCAUUGAAAAUCUUACCAAUCAAAGGGCCAACAAAAAUUUCAUUUCUUAAAAAAUCACUUGAAAAAGACGAAUACGAAGCUCCCGUUGAAGCCAAUGCAAUUAAAAGAAGAUUUACAGAAGUAGUUCCUUUUGAUGAUAUUUUGAACAAAAUAGACAACAUUGACUACGAUGUUUCUAACGAUAAUGUAAUUGCAACGAAAAAAGAUGUGACUAAGUUCGAUGAAAAAACAUUAGAUGAAAAGCAUGUUGUAAUUGAACGUCCAGUAUUUAUACCUGAAGCUUUUUUACCAACAAAAGCAUUUAAGCGUGGAGUGGUUAUAAGCUUACCUAAAGGAAAAGCUCUAUUAAAAUGCGUCGUUAAACCAAACAAAACCGUCUCUGAAAAUGUGGUUAAUAUUGAAGCAUAUGACAAUGCAACGCCUAUAAGUAGUUUAAACUCAGACAUUCAACAAGAUAAUUUGAGUCAUGCAAUAAAUCUCGAAAACUCUUUUUCAGACUCCAAUGAAAAUCUUCACUCUAACAAGCAUCAUAGCAGAAAAAAAGAAUUUAAUAGGUUUGCAUAUCAGUUUAUGAAAAUGUUUGAUAAAGACAUGAUGAUUUCGCUUUAUCGUAUGGCUGUGAAAGAUAUUUUAGGAGAGUUGCAUCAUCAAAAGAGUAUGCAACGUCGUACUUUAUUACAAGUUAAAGCGAAAGACAUUGAAAAAGAACUAUCUACUCUUGAAAAGGUAUAUCCAGGCAUUUCGAACUCUCUUAAGCAAAUAGAUAUACCGGUGAAUGAUGAUUUUAAUGGGAGAGUGAAGCGUAGUAUUAAAAAUUCAAACUUACCAAAACCUCAGAACAUUCAGGUAUCUAACAGUACUAGACGCGUAAAAUUAGUUGAUACUGAUCGGCCUGUUUUUGUUCAAAGGUUAUCAAAUAAAACAACUCAAAAUAAAGAUACUUCUUCGAAUGAAGAAAGCUUUACAUUUUAUGGUGAUUUUGAUCCCUCUAAACUAAUAGACGACUCAGGAGGUACAACAAAUUGUAUUGAUAUAACUUGUGAAAAACAAAAGCUAUACAUUCAACACGCGGGACAAUAUUUUGAAAGUUUAGAUAAACUUGCUUUAGAACCCUACAAAAAGUUUAUGAAAUACAAAGACGACUCAUUUGUAAGCAAAUAUGAUGUAUCGCCAGGUAAAGAAGAAAAAUUUCACUCAUUUCAAGACGAUAGCUAUAAUUAUAUCAACUUGAAAAGAAAUAAAGUCAAUAAAGUAAUCAGCAGACGCAAUGACAUUGGUUCGUCAAAUAAAAAUGACGACGAAGUUGAAACUGUUACUGAUGUUAGUAACCCAAGUACAAUAGUUGAAUUAUUUGGAAAGCUCCCUCGAGUUCCACUUAAAAUAACUUUGAAUCCGAAAGGGCCUUUAGCUAAGCUAAAAAAACCUAUUGAGAUUGAUUUAAAACCACCAGAUAAAGGAGUUCCGAAUGCACGUACGAUUGCAACUACCAAUGAUCCGACUGUUGCAGUGCACAUAGUAAAUAAAAUUUUCAAAGAAGAGUCGUUUGAUCCAAAAAAAGAAGAAAAACUUCAAUCAGCAUAUGCUGACAUUAAAAAAAAAAGCAGCAUCAUAAAAGGUUACUUGCACAUGAAUGUAACACCGGAGUUAGUAGAGUACCAGAAAGCAAGUAAAAAAAUGAAAAUUAUUGUAAAUUUACCAAAAGAACUUUCUAGGCUUUAUCGUGAGUCUGUUCGUCUAAAUGGAAUUAAUAACAAACACAAUCCAUCACAUAUAUUGGAGCAAUUUUCUGAAAAAGCCACAACGCGCAUGACUCCUUCCGAACUUACGCCAAAAAUAGCAGAAUAUCAAAGAACAUUAGCUGCACUCCAGGAAGAAACCAGAAAAGCAUUAGCUCAGCUUCAGAAAGUAACCGCUAAAGGAACUGAAGAAAGCGAAAAUAUCGAAAAAUUAAAACCUCAGGCCUUAGAUCCUUAUGCCGAUCUUGGUUCUACCGCAAAGAAGCGGACAAACAUAAACGAAACAAAAGAAAUAAUGCUUGACAAAAGUGCAGCUGAACAAUACAAAGAGGCUACUCGGGAUCCGUACUCUACUUUAGGUUCACCAGUAACAUCUCUUAUAAAACGACACAAAUUACCAUCUUAUGGAAUAAAAACAAAAACAUCCAAAAACAAUAAAAAAACUUCAAAGUUAAAAAAGUCCAAAGUUAAAACACUUAAUGGUGAGAUAAAACAAGACAUACCAUUAGCAUCAGGGAUUAGCUUAGUUAGACGCGAUAAAAAUGAUAUUUCAAAGGAAGUAACAGUUGAGGCUGCAGUAAAAGAUACAACUGAUAGCCUUCUAAAAGAUACUACUGCUGUUUCUAUACUUGCAGCCUUUCCACGUUUUAGUGAGGCUAUUGCAAAAAUAAGUCCGGAAACUCGAAGAAAAUUAUUACAACUUAAGCCGUUUCAGUUUAUAGCGAAGCUUGCAAAUAAAACUGCUUUUGAAAAUGAAAAAACAACUAUUACAAACACAAAUUCAGUAAAACCACCCAAUAAUGUUUCUGUUGUUGCAGAUCCUUACAAAGACAUAGGAACAAUUGUCAAUGUAAAUUCUGAAACACGUGGGUUUCACAAACAUACGUCUUACAAAUUCAACAAACGUACUAAAAUUGCAACAAGUAAACGUUCAGAUACGUAUGACCCUUAUGCCGACUUAGGUACUUCCAUUGGAUUAACACAGAAUGAAGCAAGAUUACAUACCAACGAAAAUAAUAAAAUUAAAGAAAAUGAUACCCUAAGUUUAGGUAGUGAAAAUGCUGUUAAACCGUCUAUCGCAACAAAUUUAUCACACGCUGUAGUUAAAGAGACUGAUUUAGCAUCAGUAAAAUCUCAGUAUAAUUUACCCACGAUGCAUUUAGUUUCUCAAAAAGAAUCUCAAAAAAAUAACGGAGAAUCAAAGCUAUCAAAUUCUGAUUCAUCUUUUCGAAAAAAGGAAUCUGAUCCUUAUGCAGAUCUGGGAACAUCAGGUAACAGUGGACCGAACCCAGCCGAAGUGAAACAUACCAUUAAAAAAGCACCAGAAAAGCCGCAGCAAGUUUUUGAAAAAAAUGUAGACACACAUCAUCAAAGCAGUAAUUCUUUGACAAACGAUACAUCAAAAGGUAUCAACGAGACGGUUUACUUAAAGGUGUUGCAAGAAAUCCAAAGAAAAAAGCAAGAUAAGUUGCAAGAAAUGGAGGAAGGAGAUUUGACGUCAAAAAAUGAUUUAGUAAAAUCUGAUAACACCCAAGAGAAUGAAUUAGCGGUCAUUUCUAAAUUAGAAAAAGAUAUCGCUUUAGAAAAACUGCGUGUAGAAGACGCACACGUGUCCGAUCCAUCAACACUACUUCAGAACGUCGGUCAAGAAAUUCAGGAUUCACCAAGUUCUUCGAAAAAAAGUAUUCAAGAAAGUUUGUUGGCAAAGUCACACCGAUUUAUUUUGUCAAAUAAGCAAGAAGAUUUUAAAAAGUCUAGACCAUUUACACGCAGUUCCCUCGAAAGACACGAAGAUAAAUCCAGUAAUGACGAAGUAAGUAGAAUAAAAUAUCUACAAAAUAGAAGACGAAAAAUUAGUGAUGACGAUAAAUUAAGCUUUACAUACAAAAAACCAUUAUACGAAUCUCAAAGUACAUUGAUUGAUCAGCCGCAAAGAAAAACAGCAGAGAACAUGCACACUUCUAGUAGUUCGUUUGAAAAACCUGAUAAACUUAAAACACAAUCUCACUCUUCGUUUUUAGAACGAAAAAAAGCACAAGAAGAUAUUUCCGAUAACGAAAUAGAAGAAAAUUAUUCAAAAAGAAAACUUUUUCUAAGUGAUGACAAUCCAAGAAGAGCAGACGAUAAAGAAAAGAUAAAUGGAAAGAAUUAUGAAGAACUCAACCUCCCGCAUCUCCCAAAAGAGUCAAGAAAGGUAGAGUUAGAAACUAAACAUUCAUCUGUAAGCACGGAAGCGGCAAACCAUGAAUCAUCUCUGGAAAGAUUUUUAGCAGAAGAUCAAAAAAAAUUAAACAAUCACGACGAAAAAGUUCAUGAAAUUACUAUCAAAAAGCAUGAUGAAAAUCGUAGAUGCUUACCUGCAAGUGCCGAAUUAGAAGCAAAAGAAUUACUCCACGCAAAGGAAGGAAAUGAAAAUCGGUUAUCUAAAGUAGAAGAAACCUCAAAAGCUAAUGACAUGUGCUUAUCGGUUAAAGAUAGUGAGACUGCAAUAAACGAGGGAUUAAAUUUCAUCAUCAACUCAACAGCAACAACAAAUAAAGUCGACAGACAUAACACGGAAAUUAAAACAACUGAAACACACGAUAACGUGGAUGCUUCAACGAUAUCAAAAAAAGUUGAAUUUGACCCAUAUGCAGAUCUUGGAACAGUUUCGACAAAAAGCACUAUUCAAGGUACAUCACAAAAUGAAAAAAAUUCAACAAUUAACAUUUAUGACCCUUACACAGACGUUGGUGGAAUCGUUGCAAAAUAAAAAUAAAAACUUGCAUGCAAGUUUAAGUCCAAGUACACAAAUUAUGCCUAACCACCCAGGUAAAUUCUUUUGAAAGAAAAAAGGUUCUAGACAAAUUGAACGAUAUAAGACAGUUGAAACCAAUAAAUGUUUAUUCUUCGAUAUUAACUGGAUGCCGUUUGAAUAACCCGUUGAAAUUAAAUUCAAGGCUGUUAACAGUUAUUAAAAAAUAAAAACGCAAGAUAUUUAGCGGACAUGACAUUAUAACAAAGUAAAAUAUAAAUAAGUAUCAUUUAUCAAUUUAUUUAAUAAAAUUCAGAAAAACAUAUUUCAGAUUUG